CUCUCUCUCUAGAAUCUCUCUCUCUAAAACCCAACUAAGAAAAGCCUCUCUCUCUCUCAUCCAUGGUUGCGUCUCUGUUAUAACCUAUAAAUUCCUCCUCAUGCUUAACCAUUAGCUCUUUCCCAACGUCUCUUCUCUCUAUCAACUUGUUUCAAGAAACCUCUCUCUCUCUAACCCUUCCUGUUUUUUCUUUCUUUGUUGAAGAUCAAAUCUGGAAUUUUCGCUUGUUUUUUUUUUCCCUAAGGAUCCAAUUUUUCAUAACCUCUUUUUCACAUAUAGAACCACCCCCAUUUAUCUCUGUCUCUCUCACUCAAAGGAACUAUUUGUGGGGUCCCUUAGAUUCACAAAUAGGGAAGAGAUGGAAGGUCUCAGCAAUGGUGGGAUGCUCUAUCACGAGGUCCAGGAAUCAAAGCUCUGCGCUGUCCAUUGUGUGAACACAGUUUUACAGGGCCCCUUCUUCUCAGAGCUCGAUUUGGCUGCCCUCGCCUCUGAUCUCGACCAUCGAGAGCGCCAGAUGAUGCUUGAAGGUGGAAUAUCAACAGUUGAUUUCAUGCCUUUCGAUGGACAGGAAUCACAUAAUGUUUCCAUGGAUGGUGAUUUCAGUAUACAGGUUGAUUGCUCGGUUCAAGAGGUUACAUUGCCAAAUUUUGGGUCCUAAAGAUACUCCUAGCUUGAGUUUUACCUAAGGGAGCAAAUGGACAAUAUGGUCCCAUGGGAGCAACUAAUCUUUUCACUCUAAUGUUUAGCUCUUGCCAUGUGCCCCAAAGGAUUCCUACGGCCACUAUGCGUCCACAAAAGUUGACCUUUUGUAGGAAUUGAGGGUAUACAUUUGGGAAACAAUGCCAACUAUGACAUAAACCAACUACCCAUGAAGAAAUCAAGCAAGACUAACCAAAUUUCUCUGGUUGAUCUGCAGAAGAAUGAGUACAUGACUACCAGCCUCUGCUUCCCCAACAUAUUAUGUUCGUGAUACAUUGUAUAUUGUUCAACAGAGGAAUGUAACCCCUCUUUUGAAUUCCUAACAAAUUUAGA